AUGGGCCUUUUGCACGCGGCUCCCGCGCCCCCAGAUGCGGACCGCGCAGACCGGCCAUCAACCGCUGAAAAAGCCACCGCCAGCCAUGAAUCCCAGCCUGGCCCUGCCGGCGGCUUUGACGAGACGCCCUUCCCGGACGCGCCCCCAGGGUUCACCCUCAGGGUUACUAUCCACCGCGCCCAUCACCUGCCGAUGGGUGACUUUGGCACCAUGUCGUCCGACCCGUAUGUGGUGAUGAUCCUCGAUACAGACCUGCCACGUCGCCACAAGCAGGAUCCAGACAUGACCUUCCGGACCCCUACAAUCCAGCGUAACAUCAACCCUGAGUGGAACUGUGAAUGGAUUGUCGCCAAUGUGCCUGCCUCUGGCUUCCGUUUAAAGUGUCGGGUGUACGAUGAAGACACCGCUGAUCGCGACGACAGGCUCGGCACCGCCUACGUCAAUGUGAGCAAGAUCGAUGAGCAGUGGACAGACAUCAAGGAACAGUCCUUCCGCAUUAGGAAGAAGACCGCCAGUAAUAGGGCCUAUUUGCUCCGAUCCAUUGCCGCAACGUGCUCUAGAAAUAUCAGUGUGAAAGGCGAGCUCGUCGUGAGCGUCGAAUGUUUGGGCAAAACUCCUGGGGAGGAAGGCGGUCAACUGUACACAGUUGGUCCAAAUUAUUGGACACGACAUUUCUCGCCCAUGAUAGGGAGACUGGUUGGCACCAAAGAUUCCGUGCAGUCGGAGGCCGGCAAGAGACCAGUGUCGAGAUACAAUUUCCAGGCCAUUCAGAUCCAAUUGACUGGCCCGGUUCCUUCGAAGCUUUACCAUCGGUAUGUCGAGUUUCGGCCGUUUGUUGCCGGAAUGUUCAACGCUCAGAGCAUCCGUGGCCGCCUUCUGAAUCAUACUCUUCAUCAUCAGCACUCGAGGAUAUAUGCAUUCGAUCGGUCCACCAUGUAUGGCUCAUUUGACACCCCCUGUGUUGAACUAGCUCGGAAAUUCCUCGAGUUUGUACAUUACGAUCAAGGUGGUCGGAUAUUUACUUAUGUUCUCACUUUGGAUGGACAGUGGCGGUUCACAGAAACAGGGAAAGAGUUCGGAAUCGACUUACUGAGCAAACAUACCAUGCACAGCAACGUAUCAAUCUAUGUUGCGUACUCUGGCGAAUUUUUUGUACGUCGAAUUUGCUCGCAUCAACAGCCACACCACCAGCAGGACGAGAAAACAGACAAUUUGGUCACAUCUGAUGAAGCGCAUGCGCGCUCCGAAUCCACUGCCAACAGUAAUGGGGCGGAACAGCUUGUCGUCAUAUCAACUAAUCCUGCUGAUUACGAACUCGUAAUUGACAAUGAUAGUGGUACAUACCGUCCAAAUGCGGCUUUACUGCCACUGCUUAAGGAAUUCCUUGAGAAAAACUUACCAUGUCUCAAUAUCAUGACCCUCGAUUGUCAGAAAGAUGCUGAGAAAAUGGGCAAACUGAAAGAUGAACAAAGGGAGCGCAAAAAGGAGGCCGGUCGGCAUAUUACAUAUCUACAACGCCGAGCCAGCUCAGCGGCAUCCUCGAUUUCUAGCUCAGAUGAAGAGAACCUUGAGCGACGAGCGGGUCAAUCGCAACAACAUAAAAAGCGGCACCCUUUGGCCCAAGUGUUACAUCAUGCUAAUCAUCCUAAAUCAACGUAUAAGCAAUGGCUGGACACAGGCCACGUUCGUCCUGUUUCAGUAGCUGACAACCAACCUCGGCCAGCAGCAGCAUCCAGCCUCUUAGCAUUACCACAAGACACACCACCCUCACAGCGACCUCAUUCUGCCAGACUAUAA